CUGGCCACUCCGGAGCUGCUCGCCGAAGGCGGUUGCUGGCCGCCGCCGCCUCCUCCUCCACUUCCCGAGCGAAGCUUACCAGGUGGGCAAACCUGCGCGCGCAGAAUGGAAAAAGGGGGCUUCAAGAAGCUGGGCAGGCUUUUCCACAGGAGCGAGUCGGAGGACUCGGAGCCGGACACGAGCCGGGGGGAGACGCCGCUCCCGUCCCCCUGCCCGUCCCCCUCUCUCCAAGGAAACCGGCAGCAUCGCCACAGCGACCCUUCGACCGGCGGCAGCAGCAGCAGCCAACGCAAGAAGCGCUCCGGGUUUGGGCACUGGGGCUUAAAGAAGAAGCACAAAGAGCGGCAGGCGGCAGCGGUCGAGGCCAGCAGCGGCAGCCAGCUCAGCGCCCCGUCUUCUCCCUCGCUCUCCCUCUCGUCCCACUUCACGGCCUCGGAGCCCACGACCCCGACAGACAGAUAUUUUGACAUGCCUGACGCACAGUUUGGUGUCAUGACAAAUCAGCCAUCUCCAGUUCCAUCACAGGAGUCACAAUUUCCUUUUGCUAUCUCAAUAGAUACAAUAUCUGCAUCUACAUUGCCAUCAUCAUUCAGAAAGUCCAAAACACAGUCUCCAGAAUCUUCUAAAGAAGCAAAAAAGAAACCAGUUUUGGGGAAAUUUGGAAAUUUUUUCACUACAGGAAGAAAGAAAAAUACCAAAAAUAUUACAGAGGCUUCUUUAAGGACAAGUGUUAAAUCUGCAAGGUCAGGAUCUCCUCAGCCAAAUACAGCUCCAUUGGCAUCAAUCGAUGACUUCAAAGAAAUCAGUAAAAGUGAGGAGUGCAUUCUUGAGAAAAUCUACAGUCGGAACCAGCCAGCUAUACAGAAUUCUGUCGAAGAUACGGAAGAAUACAUCUAUACUAAAGACCUGACACCUUUGUAUAAUGACAUUGUUUCAGAGUGGAAUUGUAAAGGAGCCUCAUCUGACAGUGAAUGGUCCCCUGACUGGCACAGCAGUAAUGAGACAAUAAAAAAUACAUUAUUUGGUAGCAAUCUUACACUCCAGACAUCAGAAUCAGAAAAAUAUCUCAACACUGAUCCAACUAAAGCUACAACUCCAAAUUUCUUUAGAAGUUUAACUAAUAUAAGUAAUGAGGACCAAGAUCAUAGCAUAUUAAACCAUAAGCAACUUCUGAGUCUGGAUCAAUUUGCAGAAUUGAAAGGUACAGCCACCAAAGAUCAGUCAUCUGUUUUGGAAGCUAAGCCAAGUGAACGUGCCCACUCCUCUAGAGUGUUGACAUUGGAUAUUUUUCUUCGGAGAACUGAACAGUCAAUUUCGAAUGAAUUUUCAACUGCUUUAUUAGAGGACAACUACAGUAGUGCAGAUGAAAUGGAUAAAAAAUCUGCAGUAAGAAGAUCUGGGAAGAGGAGAAAAUCCCAGUCCUCAGGUGAUGCGCCAAAUGGGGACAGAAAUGCAGCUGAGACUUCUACAAAAGAAGAAAGUGUUUUUGAUGGUAUUUCUUCAGAUUUAGUUGUGGAUCAGAUAAACAACUCUGAAAGAAAAGUUAAGACUCCUCAGCAGAUUACAACUAAUCAUGAUAUGAAAACUGCUAGUAAUUACAAGGGGUGUACUAAAGCAGAAAUGGAGAAAAACAAACAGCAGACCCCAGCCGCAUCCCCGUACAGGAGGAAAUCUUUAAAAAAAAAUCAAUCUGAUUCAGUUCCUCUUUCACCUACAGACUUGAAGGCUCAAGGGAAAGAUUCAUCUACCAAAAGACAGGUGCAGGGUGCAACAAAUGGAAGCCUAAUGUCAAAAAGCUCUUCCAUUGAAAAGCUGUCUUCUGGUGAGAACACUGUAGAAUCUUUCAGAGUUGCUUCUUUGGGUGUUCAAGGUAACAGCACUUCACCAGUUACUGAAGGGAGAAUGGAUUCUGCUAACAACUGUGAUGGAAGUGUUCUACUACAUGCUGACAAGAACAGAAAUAGUGGAGUGAGAACGACAAAUGGAAAGCAAACUGGCUCUGAUUUGGACAGCACAAAGCUGAGAAAUGCAUGUUGGGAUGCUUCUAGAACUGUCACAACAAAAAUUAACCUACCAGCUAAACCAAAGAAUGUUGAAUUAAAUCUUAAAGCUCCUAAAAACUCAGAAGAUGUAGGAAGUGAGCAAGAUUCUAUGGACAGAGCUGCUAAAAUUAACUUCAGUAUUGCCAAUAAAAUAUCCAUGUUUGAGAGCAAACAGAGCAAUCAUAAUCCAACUGCUGAAGUCUCAACUUCAAAGAAAGGUUCUGUGUCAAAUACAUUUGUUGGCAGAGCAAAGCUGAAGUUUGGGAAACAGCCUGCUGAAGGUGAACAGACCACCAGAGUAACAAGUAAAGAAAACAAUCACCAGAAGCCACUGCAAAAUGGUGCAAAACUAAAAGCAGGCUCCUCGGAGACAAAGUUAAAAAAUGAAGAAGGAGGCAUUAUAAAUAGCAAGGAAGUUAGAAAUACUGUGGGGUCUCUUUUGAAUCAAAAUGAUAAAGGUAAUAAUGAUGAUGAUCAGGUGAGUGUUUUUGUUUCUAAAAAACAUGACACAGAGCUUGCAAAGGACAACUUACUACCGAAAACUACAUCUUUACAGCAGAUAAAAGAAACGGAAACUGCCCAAAAUAUCAUAAACAGCAAAAUGAAUGCCACAUCAGUAUCACCUGAAAGAGGACAGAGACCUUCUGUUGAUAGAAAUACUUGUUCCCCUUGUAAAAAUGAUACAAAUCUCCAGCAAUCUAACUUGGUGUUAAAAAAAUUAGAAUUUGAAAAUGUGAAUUCUGAAAUAGACAGUGACAACAAAAAGGCAAAUACUAUUUUGGAAAGCAAACAAGUAUUUGAGCAAAAUAGGAGUGAGCAGGAAAGCCCAAGCAGAGCUUGUAAUGUCUCUAAAACAGGCAAUGACGAGAGCAUUUGUGAUUCUCCUUCAGAUAUGGAAAAGUUCACUGAAACACUUAAAAAUCUAGAUAGCUCUAUCUGUAUACCUCAGAAAAAGAAAAAGACAAAACUUCCAAAAUCACCUGCACCUCAUUUUGCUAUGCCUCCAAUACAUGAGGACAAUUUAGAAAAAGUUUUCGAUCCUAAUGUAUUUACAGUUGGCCUGGGAAUAAAAAGGGACAGACCACUAGACCUAGCCCCGUGCAUACAGCUUAAAUUGCAAAGCCUAGAAACUGAUGCCAAAGUCAGACCCAAACGUGCUUCUGCUGAAAACAGCCUGCUUCUACAGGCACUGACAUCAUCCAACAGAAGAGACCCUGCAGUUAUUCUCGAAACAAGUGGGAAAGAAAACCUGGAUAGUGCAGAUGGUGACAUUAAGAGGUCUCGACUUGAAAAUAGUGCCAUCUUCUCAAGCCUGCUUUCAUCUAAAGACAAGGUGUUUAUGCCUUCUGUAACCUCUGUAAAUACUAUCACAACAUCAUUUGCAUCUCAGAAGAGCACUGAUUCCACUGGGAAAACACCUUUAAGAUUUGAUACAGCUCAGUUAUUGGAGUCUCUUCCAGAUAUCAAAGCUCCAAAAUACUUGGAAAAAUAUUUACAAACUGAUGAUGCAAAAAAAGAAAGAAUUUUGCAGUUGCCAAACUUUGGAAAUACUGAUACCAGUUUUUCAAGCUGGUUGCAGUCUGGCCAAUAUGAACCAAACAUCUCCCCUGGUUUCUUAGACUUAGAGGCAUUUUCAGGGAAGACCCAAGUUAAGAUUAAUCCCAGACCAGGGAAGAUUGUGAUAUACAAUAAGUCAGACCCUUCUGAGAAUGCUGUUGAAGUUUUUCACGAUAUGCCAGAUUGUACGUCUUGGGUGCUGUCCCCUGUGAUUUUCGUUAAAGUUGUCAGAGGCUGCUGGAUUCUAUAUGAGAAACCAAACUUUGAAGGGCCUUCUAUUCCACUGGAGGAAGGAGAGUUAGAACUUACAAAUAUUUGGGGUGAACAACCAUCUGACGACAAAGAUGAAUGCAAAUCUUCUGAGCCUGCAGUGAUUGGUUCUAUCAGGCAUGUAGUGAAGGAUUAUAGAUUAUGUCGAAUUGACCUAUUUACAGAACCAGGAGGAUUAGGUAUGGUAAAGUCAUACUUUGAUGAUGCUGAAGAAACACGAAUAAUUGGUGCUACAGAGAAGACUCGUUCUAUUCAAGUGUAUUGGGGCAUAUGGCUACUUUAUGAAGAAUCUGGUUUCCAGGGAAUCCCUUUGAUGUUGGAACCAGGAGAAUAUCCUGAUCUAUCUUUCUGGGGAAAGAAAGAAGCAUAUAUUAGGUCCAUGAGGCCCUUGAAAAUGGGUGGACGCAAGGUUGAACAUCCAGAAAACCCCAAGGUCAUUGUUUAUGAGAAGCCUUUCUUUGAAGGAAAUCACAUAGAACUUGAUACAGAAUUAGCAGCUCUUCCCAAGGAAGAAAAUCAAGAAGGGUCACAGAUGAAAAAACUACCACUCACGUCUGUAGGAUCCAUGAAAGUGACAGGAGGCAUCUGGAUUGCUUAUGAGAAGCCUGGGUUUACUGGGCAUCAGUAUUUGCUGGAAGAAGGAGAGUACUGGGAAUGGAAGGACUGGGGUGGUUAUGAUGAACAGGUGCAAUCACUACGGCCUGCUCUAGGGAGAUUGCCUCAGCCGCACAUGAUAAUGUACACUGAAAAAGAUUUUGGGAUUAAAGGUUCCAGUAUAAAUGUGUUAGGAAUUAUCUCCAAUUUAAAGGAUACUGGUUAUGGACUGAGGACACAGUCCAUACAUGUUUUAAGUGGAGUGUGGGUGGCUUAUGAAAAUCCUGACUUCACAGGAGAGCAGUACAUACUUGAUAAAGGAAUGUACCCCAACUAUGAGACUUGGGGUGGUAGGAAUUGUAAAAUAUCUUCAGUUCAACCUAUAGUUUUGGAUACCACCAGUGAUUAUAUGGGGAAAUUUAAGGUCCAGUUAUUUUCAGAACCAGAGUUCCAGGGCAGAAGUCAAGUGUUUGAGAAAAACGCUUCUCAAAUUGAUGACUUAUUUCCUGCCAAGUCUUCAAAGGUGUUAUCUGGCAGUUGGAUUGCGUAUGACAAGGAAAACUUUUCUGGUAAUCAGUAUGUGUUAGAAGAAGGGGCCUAUCCUGAUCUUCCUGCAAUGGGUUGCCUACCCCACACUUGCUUGAAGUCUUUACAAGUGAUAAAUAUUGAAUUUUCAGAGCCAGCAAUUGCCCUUUUUGAAAAGGAAAACUUCAGGGGAAAGAAAAUGGAAUUUACUACAGAAAUUGUAAACCUCAAGUUUCUUGGCUACAAUCCUCAUGUAGCUUCAGUACAAGUUCUUGGUGGCACGUGGCUUGUUUAUGAACACAGUAAUUACAAAGGCCGUCAGAUUUUAUUAAAACCUGAAAACAUACCAAACUGGCUCAGUUUAAGUGGCUACCACAAAAUAGGUUCCCUGAGACCUUUACUGCAGAAACGAGUAUACUUCAAACUUCGCAACAAAGAAACAGGACAAUUCGUAUCAACUGAUGGAAAUGUAGAUGACUUGAAUCUUUUGAGAAUGCAGGUUGCAGAUGAUAAUGAUAAAUCUGAUGAACAAGCCUGGAUUUACCAAGGAGGAUAUCUCAAAUGCAGGAUGGCAGAGGACUUUUGCUUGACAAUUGUAGGAAGUCUGAUCACUCCUGGUGCAAAACUGGGCCUAGCACUUCAACAGAAUGAGGAAAAGCAACAGUGGAAUAUUAAUCCAGAUGGAAGAAUCUACAGCAAGAUAAAACCUAACUUAGUGCUAGACAUUAAAGGGGGAACACAGUAUGAUCGAAAUCACCUAAUUGUCAGUUCAAUUAGCGAAGACAAAGCAACACAACGCUGGGAGCCGCUGGUUGUGUAAAACUAAUUCUGCUUCAGAGAGAAGAAUUGGGAAUCAGAGCCAUCCAGAGCAAUAUACAUGGCAGAAAAGAACAUAUUUGUGUAUUUCUUCAUUGAGUUUAAGAAAAAGUAUACUGGCUAAAAGUAAAAAAGCUCUAAAGCCGCAAUUAAUUCUGUUCAUUCCUUUUUCCAAGUAAAAUCAGUAAGCGCUAUUGUUUCAUGUCAGGAUCAAAUUAUUAAUCUGGAAUAUAUAUUUAAUGCACAGUUUUAAAUUGUUACUGAAGUAGUAUUUUAAUCUCCUAGUGCUGAAGGGUCACUGAUGAAUAUUCAAUUUGCACAAAAAAAGAAAUAUUUAAAAUUAUCUAGAUCGUUUGAGGUGGUUAUUCAUACAAAAUGUGUACAGUACUUUUUUAAAGCUGAUGAUUGUACUUUUAUGUCACACUAAGUACACAACCCAGAAAGUAUUUGCAAACAUCUUGGGCUAACUGAACUUGUUAAACAUGAGUAAUCUGCCCAUUAUGCAGCUGAUUAGCUGCUUUACUUUAUACAUUUAAAAGUAUUAAAUGGGGAAGGGAAAGCAUUCCCUUCUUUAUAAAGGGGGAAGUAUAUUUCUUCACAUUUUAAAGUUCUCUUUCUAAAUAGAUUUUUUAAAAAGAAAAAGGCUUACUACAGCAACUGCACUUACAAUUUGCUACACACUAUUCUAUGUGUAUAAAUCUGUGCUUUAUAAUCUUUAAAAACUUUCUAUAAGCAAUGUAUUGUUGAAGGCUUU